CCCGUCUGCUCAGCUCAGCUUACUGUAAGCAGCGCAGCAGUGCAGAACUCACCGCUGCACCCAGGACCAAGGAGACUACAGUAUACGCAUAACUCGUAGCGACGUUUUCGCGAUCGCUGUGCAAGCGCUGAGGCGCAACACCGGCCCUGCGGCAGCGUCGAGCGCGCGGGACGCCGACGCAGCGAUGCCGCGCUUCGAGUUCUUCCCGAACCUCUUCAUGACCUUGAUUAAUGUGCGCUUCCUCGGCCACAAGACGCGGCCGGUGCAGGCCGUCUUUAGGAUAGCGCCGCGGAUGAACAAGCUCGAGGUGAAGGAGUACCUCCAAACCAUUUAUGGGUUGCCCGUGAAGAAGGUCAUGACCGACAACUUUUAUGGCGGGUACCGGCGCAUCCAGGGCAAGCGCGCCAUGUUCCACGUGAGCCGGCCGAACUACAAGCGCGCCGUCGUGACCUUCGAGCGGGGGGCCGUCGUGUAUAAGCCCUCAGAUUAA